GUCUGAUCUCAAUACCCGUAUGAAUCGCAAAGGUCGCCAUCUUUGAAAAUCCUGUGUGUGUUGUUGUUGAUUUCCAGUGGGUUAUAACACAUAUUGCAAAUCGAUCUCCUGGAUUCUGCAGAAUGUGGAGGCUUACUUUGUCAAAGGCGGCCAGAAUUAAGCCGCUGCAAGGGUUGACACCUUCUUUGCAAGUUGCGGCUCAGCAUUAUGCCACAGCUCCAGCUCCUGAAAAAAUCGAGGUGUUUGUUAAUGACAAAAGUUUGUUAGUGGAUCCUGGAGUUACUGUCUUGCAGGCCUGUGCAAUGGCUGGGGUAGAAAUUCCAAGAUUCUGCUACCAUGAUAGACUCUCUGUGGCUGGGAAUUGUCGAAUGUGCCUUGUGGAGGUGGAGAGGUCCAUAAAGGACAGAUUACUGCUUUUGUGUUUGUUGGACAUAGAGGGUGUGAUGGAGUUUCUUCUGGUGAAUCACCCUCUGGACUGUCCCAUCUGUGACCAGGGAGGGGAGUGUGACCUGCAAGAUCAAUCUAUGGCCUUUGGUAGUGACAGAAGCAGAUUUGUUGACAACAGCUUUUCAGGGAAAAGGGCUGUAGAAGACAAAAAUGUUGGACCUCUUGUAAAAACCAUCAUGACUCGUUGCAUUCACUGCACAAGGUGUAUAAGGUUUGCAAGUGAGAUAGCCGGUGUAGAUGAUCUGGGAACAACAGGAAGAGGAAAUGACAUGCAAGUUGGAACCUAUGUAGAGAAAAUGUUCAAGUCUGAGCUUUCAGGAAAUGUAAUAGAUCUCUGUCCAGUGGGUGCGCUAACAUCCAAACCAUAUGCAUUUACAUCCAGACCUUGGGAACUUAGGAAAACUGACUCUGUUGAUGUCAUGGAUGCAGUUGGAAGUAACAUUGUUGUAAACACUCGGUGUGGUGAAGUCAUGAGGAUUAUCCCCAGGAUGAAUGAGGAUAUAAAUGAAGAGUGGAUAUCAGAUAAGACAAGGUUCUCCUACGAUGGGCUGAAACGUCAGCGUCUCACCAAACCCAUGGUGAAAGAUGACAAAGGGAACCUGACGCCGUGCACAUGGGAAGAAGCCUUGGUGGAGGUUGCACAGAGACUGUCGCAGGUGAAGGGUGCCGAGGUAGCAGCAGUUGCUGGGGGUUUUUCUGAUGCUGAAUCACUGGUAGCUUUGAAAGACCUGCUUAACAGUUAUGACAGUGAGGGGCUCUACACGGAGGAAGGAUUUCCUGCAGACGGUUCAGGGACUGACUUCAGGUCCAGUUACAUUAUGAACAGCACCAUAGCAGGAAUUGAGGAUGCAGACGUGUUGUUGAUAGUUGGCGCCAACCCUCGAUAUGAAGCUCCGCUGGUAAAUGCUCGUAUCCGCAAAGGAUGGAUGCACAAUGACCUACAGGUUGCGCUGGUCGGCACUAAAGUGGAUCUCACUUAUUCAUACGAGCAUCUUGGCGACUCGGCUAGUACACUGAACGAGAUUGUGUCCGGGAAGCACGCGUUUUCAAAGGUUUUGGCGAAUGCUGAGCGCCCAAUGAUCCUAGUAGGAAACACUGUUCUCCAGGGACACGAAGGUGCAGCAACUCAUCAAAUAGUCGCUGACAUGUCACAGAAGUUGAAAAGUUCUAAGAAAGUCGACAAGGAAUGGAAGGUUCUCAAUGUAUUACACAGGGUGGCCAGCCAAGUUGCCGCUUUGGACAUUGGAUACAGACCGGGAGUCGACAAAAUGACAGAGAAACCUAAACUACUGUUCUUGCUUGGCGCUGAUGCUGGAUUAGUGAAACGAGAAGAUCUCCCUCAGGACUGCUUCGUUGUCUAUCAAGGUCACCAUGGAGACCAGGGUGCACACAUCGCUGACGUCAUCCUACCUGGUGCAGCCUAUACAGAGAAAACCGCCACUUACGUCAACACAGAGGGGAGGGCCCAGCAGACAAGAAGGGCUGUCACACCACCCGUGUACGCGAGAGAUGAUUGGAAGAUCAUCAGGGCGCUAUCAGAAAUUGCUGGAAAUUCUCUCCCAUACGACAACUUAGAAGAAAUCCGGCGAAGACUCUCCGAAGUUUCACCGAAUUUGACUCGAUAUGGUGAUGUAGAGGAAGCGAACUUCUUUAAUUUGGCUUUGGGUCUGAUGCAGAGCUCUAAAGCACACUCUUUGAAACAGCCUCUGCAAGCAAGCAUUUUGGAACUAAAAGAUUUCUACAUGACAGACUCAAUAAGUCGCGCAUCGCAGACGAUGGCUAAAUGCGUGAACGCUGUGCAAUCAAUGAAGUGAAAAUCAUCCUGAGACCAAAAAUCUCCUGUGAUUUGUAAAUGUGUAUAAAUCGCUUUUUGAAGCCAUUUGAAAGAACCGAAGGCGCACAUUGUUGACGUGAUUGACAGGCUUCAUAAUUUUUUUAAAUUGGUUUUCUUUGUAGUCUUCUGGCAGAGAUUAAUUUAUCAGUUAGAAUUUCAGUCUCGCGAUAAUAUCUUGAACGAGAGUUUCAACUUGUCUAAACAAAACUGAUCUGAGUCGAUUUUCUUUAACACAACACUAAGAUUUUAUUUUCAAUGGGAAGUGUGACGUCCAAGGAAAGUUUUUUACGACCCCCUUGGUCUAAAGCGAGGAAUUUGGUAAAUUUAUUAAGAGGAAUAACCCAUCGUAAAAAAUUAACGAGUGGUUCUAACUUGUCAGAGUUAUUUUUGCAUAGUUUCAUUCGUUAUCCUGAAUGAAGAUGACAACAUGUAAUAAAAACAUUCAAGAUGAAUGGA